AUGUACCCACAGUUCACCUCGUUCCAUCCUUACGGAUACCCAUAUUGUCUAUCUCAAGCGACUCUAGUAGAGUCCACGACUCCUAUUCCUCCCAAACCUUUCCCACCGUUCACCAAUAGUGGUCAAACACCUUUUCUCCAUUGGCGGAACUACGACAUCAUCGGAUUAGAUCGUAAUACCGCACUCGGGUUCUUCAACAUGCUAGAUAGGGAUAUACAUGUUGCUCUGACCAAGAGACGAUCUAUUUUAUCAUCUACUCGACCAUAUCAAACUACCAAGCUACGUAUGGAUAUCAUACCGUACAAUGAAACCGAAGCUGAUUUAUACGAUUACCAAACUGCUUUCUUCCUCAGAUGUGGGAAAGCGAAAGAAUGGUCAAGUUGGGAAUGUAAAGUUUUACAUGAGGUUGUGAGAAGGUGCCUGCCUAGGGGAUGUACGAGUUCGUUCUCGCAGGUGGAAGUUGCCAGAGCGAGAUAG